UUAACGGAUCAGUUGGGCUUAGCGGAGCUUCAUUUUGAUAGACGGGAUCCGAAGAAGAUCUAACGAAGUCUUAUAGAGCGGAACGCGAAGGAGGAUCGGAGGAUCACCGGAGUUAGUAUUAGGGUUUGGAGCAUGGAGAGGGAGAAGGCGGAGGAGGGCGAGCGGGAGGGGAGGGGAGGGACGUUGGUGGCGUUGGUGUGUGGUACUCUCGUGUACUACCACUGCGGAUGGCGGGAAUCGAGCGCUGUGUCCCUCGCUGCCGACGUUCUCAUUGUCCUUCUCUGCUCCCUCGCCAUCCUUGGCAUGCUGUUCCGCCAGAUGAAUAUCUCGGUACCUGUGGAUCCUCUUGAAUGGCAGAUUUCUCAGGAUACAGCCAAUAGCAUUUUUGCCUGCCUAGCUAAUACAAUCGGGGCAGCUGAAUCUGUCUUGAGGGUCGCUGCAACAGGACAUGACAAAAGGCUAUUCUUUAAGGUGAUUGCUAUUCUGUAUCUCCUGGCAUCAUUGGGAAGAUUGGCAUCAGGAGCCACUGUUGCAUAUGCUGGAUUAUGCAUAUUCUGCUUGUACCUUUUGGUCGAAAGCUCCCAAUUAUUCCGUCACAUCACUGCUCGGUUUUUCAGAACAAGAGACACCCUAAGCCAAGCUCAAGAUUGAAUAUAGCAGUGUCAAUGUUCUGCAGUAUGGAUUAAAGGAGAGUAUUGAGGGUGAUUAAUGUAAUGUAUUUACUAUUUAGAGAGCCUUUAAUGUAUUCACAGGAAGGCAGGAGGGUAGUCUUUAUUAUAAAGAAUGACAAGGAUUGGCUUUUUCUGGUGGUGUAUAUUAGAUUUGGUGAGCUUGUAAUUUUUUAAUCUUUCAACAGAUGAAAUACAGCAAGUUGUUUUUA